ACUAACCCCAACUAGACGUUAGAUAACUCUCAAUCUCAAAACGAUUUAAAAUUUAAGUUGUGUCCGGUAGCAAGUAACGGGCUAUUAGUAUUCCGGUAGGAGCUUAAAAUUGUGCGGUAUAUGAUACGUGUGUGAGGUUUUAAUGAGCGUUUUAAGUUGUGUUGUCUGCUAAACUAAAUACAGAAUGCAUAGCAGUGGCUCUACCCACAAUGCUGUGCGUUCACACCUAUCUACUGGCAGUGGUGAAGUGCAGCCCUUUUCGUGCGGGGUAUAAUUUUUUUGCAAAUGAUUGAACUUAGGAUAACCGGUCGAUUUUACGUUAUUUUUCUUUUAGUUAAGUGGUGCGAUGUGUUUAGUUAGUUGUGCAGUGCAGUGCGUGAGUUGAAACCCCUGCAAAAUAGGUAAUUUUGCAGUAAACGAAAGGCAGCGCGAGUCUCAAUUGUGCUGCCUGCCUACCAUAAUAAACUGGCCUAAUGUCAUGGGGUGCUUCGGAAGUGCGAGCUCAAAAGCGGACCAAGAAGAAACUAAAAAAGGAAAGGAAACGAACAAAAAGAUAAAUCAACAAUUACAAAAGGAUAAGCAAGUGUACAGAGCAACGCACAGACUCUUAUUAUUAGGUGCUGGGGAGUCAGGUAAAAGCACAAUCGUCAAGCAGAUGAGGAUAUUGCACGUCAAUGGAUUUAGUGAAGAGGAAAAACGGCAAAAAAUAGAAGAUAUAAAAAAGAAUAUACGUGAUGCAAUAUUGACGAUAACAGGUGCAAUGAGUACCUUAACACCUCCCGUACAAUUAGAAAAGCCAGAAAAUCAAUUUAGGUUCGAUUAUAUACAAGACGUAGCGUCGCAACAUGACUUCGACUACCCUUCUGAAUUUUAUGAACACACAGAGAUCCUUUGGAAGGACAGAGGUGUUCAGGCGUGUUAUGAACGUUCAAAUGAAUACCAGCUGAUAGACUGUGCAAAAUACUUCCUGGAUCAAGUCCACAAUAUCAAGCAACCAGACUACACUCCCACUGAACAGGACAUUCUCAGGUGUCGAGUUCUCACAUCUGGAAUUUUUGAAACGAGGUUUCAAGUGGAGAAAGUCAAUUUCCACAUGUUUGAUGUGGGUGGUCAGCGUGAUGAGAGGCGCAAGUGGAUCCAGUGUUUCAACGACGUGACGGCCAUCAUCUUUGUGACGGCUUGCAGCAGCUACAACAUGGUGUUGAGAGAGGAUCCUACCCAGAACCGGCUCCGAGAGUCGCUUGAUCUGUUCAGAAGCAUCUGGAAUAACAGAUGGCUAAGGACCAUAUCAGUCAUCCUGUUCCUCAACAAGCAGGAUCUGUUGGCAGAGAAGAUAAAAGCGGGCAAGUCCAAGUUGGAAGACUACUUCCAGGAGUUCACCCGCUACCAGACACCCAUCGAUGCUGCUCCGGACCCCUCCGAGGACCCACAAGUCAUACGCGCCAAGUACUUCAUCAGAGACGAGUUCCUGCGUAUAAGCACGGCCAGUGGGGACGGCAAGCACUACUGCUAUCCUCACUUCACCUGCGCCGUGGACACUGAGAACAUCCGGCGCGUGUUCAACGACUGUCGAGACAUAAUACAACGCAUGCACCUUCGCCAGUACGAGCUCUUGUGAUCAUCCUUCCCCCUCCUGCCUUCAGUUACGAGGACUCCUUUAGUUCUUGUAUCGGUUUAGCCUGAUUUAAGCGUCAUUUUUCUUUUCGCUCGGAUUCUGUGUGAAUUGCACUACUGUAGGAAGUACUUUUGACGGCUCUUGUCCCUGAGAAGUCCUGUCGAGCCCUGACACUUUGCGACUCUGUACAAAUUGUUUAAAUAUAGAAAAUCAUUUUGUAAACGUCGUGUACAAUAUAAUGGGAUCUGAUUUCUAUAUCCAGCGAGGUUUGUGUGUUUUUAUAUCGCUUAAUUUGGUCGAUGACUUUCUCAAACACGUCCCAUUACAUGACAUAUACUUUGGACAUAUAUUCGUCACGAUGUCUUACGUUGAUGUUAUUUAGUAGUCCUAUCAGUAUUAAGUGUGAUUCGCUGUAGACCGGUCGGACACUGUUUUAUCAUUAUUUAUUACGUCGUCGGAUGUCGAGUUAUUCAAUACUGAGGUGGAGGUUUUACCGUAGUAACAGGCCACUGUAGUGCAAUUUAGACAUUACUUUAUGGUGUUUAAUUACAGCAAAUCUCUUUUUUAACGAAUGACUUGUAGACGGUUUACAAUUAUUUCGUGACGGUUAGGGAAUGUCAUGAGUAAAAAUCGACGUUUGUUACAUCGUGUCAUAGAGUGCACUCCCAAAUGUAAAAACGAUUUUUAGUUAAUGCUUCAUGAGUGGUUAGAUAUCUGUAAGUGCUACAAGUAAUGGUGAAUUACUGUAAAUCUAUAGCAUUUAAAAAAAGCACAAUUCAUUAAAAUGUUUGUGAGAAUUUAAGUAAUGUACCUUGAACGUAAAACAUGAUUAUAAGGCUGUUUUUCGAAUGUUAUUUUAAUGAGUUUUGUAAAAAAUGUAUAGCUAUUAGAAAAUGAUUCUUACUUUAGAGAUACAUUUCCACACGAUUCAUUUUCAUCUGUAUCUACAGUUUUGUACAAAUCCCUGACCUCUCUCGUAUGUUUGUAGUGUAAAUUUUAUAUUACCGUUUGUUUAACCUUAUUUUUUAAUACUUAGUGGUUGCUUCUUAGAUACAAGAUUGAGAAAAAACUGUGUUUUUAGACACAAAAAUGAUAGUAAAGCGCAAAUUUAAAGUUAAUUUAUGUGACAUUUUAUUUUAUUGUACUUUUCUUUUUAACGUUUUAAUGAACUCGAUGAAACUAUAGAGCUAUUUUAUUAAAUUUUAUAAAAGUAUUUAUUUUUAUAUUUACAGAGCUAUAAAUUAUUAACAUAAUUAAUUUUAUUGAAUUUUAAAUAUAACUAGUAUUUAUAUUAGGGGUGUGUGAGCAAUUUCAUUUUCAUUACCAAGUUUAUUACAAAUUCUUGAAUAUUUAUUGAGGCCAGCUCUACAAUUUUUAUUCUACUUAGGGUUUUCCUUAUUCAAUUUUACUUCAAUUAUGAGCUUUCUGACCGAAACCUCUUUUUUGAUUUGCCGUUUGGUUAAUUCUUAAUACUAUUAACAUCCGUAAUAUUUUAGUGGUCAAUUUACAAAGGGAUGUAGUGGAAUUGCCCAUACAACCAGUAGUUUGUGUUUUAGGCUGUCUAUAUUUAACCGACGAUGAAUUUACCAAAAUAACUCAUAACUAUUUAUACUUUGUUGAUUUUGUUAUAUUGUUAUCUUAUUAUUGUUUCAUUUUCAUUAAGUUAUGUUUGUGAAAUGUUUUAAAAGAUAGAAAUUCUAGUCAUUCAGCACUAAAGUGCAGAUAAUAUAACGUAAGAUGGCUAAUGCGUUUUAGAAUUGUUUUUAUGCCUAAAUUUUACUGGUCAUUGUUAUCAAGAUAGAAAGUUUUAUUUGAACAUUAUGUCCCGACAUUUUAAUGUUUUCGUACAACGGUAACGUUAAGAAAACAUUUCACUGACAUAAUGAGACAUCACAAAUAUGCACAAAUGUGAAUCGUAAACUGCGUAAUGAGUUACACUGAUAAACCGCAGGCCGCUGAAGCUUGGUGUGUUCAUGUGCCAUCGAAGUGCAGUAUAUAGACACCUGUAGGUGGUGGCGUACUAUAGCAGUAUUUGAGAUGUACCAUCUAUACUUGAGACCGUUGCAAUUGCCGUAGUCACAUUUUACCCCAGAAUAUUUUUACAUAGUUUUAAUUUGUUGCAACAGUAUUGUUUUUGUUAUUUUUUUCUGUAUCGCAGAAAUACGCUUGUCUCGGCUGCCAUCUGUGGAUCGAAAGCUGCGCAUUAUCACCAUAAUUGUCACAAAUGCACAAGCUUACUUAGUGAAGAGAAAUGUAUUUUAUACCUAAUUUCAAAAUAUUGUAUGGGUUUGUUUGUUCUAAGAAAAACUGAUACAUUUAUCAUUGUCAUAGAGAAAGCAUGUGUUUUUUUUAAUUAUGUUAAUUUAUUUUUAAAAACAUGUCUACUAACAGAGAGUACAAAAAAUGAACCUUUUCCAACAUCUGUAGAUUUAAAAAUAAGUAUCUCGCCUCCCUCGUGUUUAAAUCGUAAAGUGGUUUUUACUUUAAAGCAGGGAAGAGUCAUGUCUCUUGUCACAAUGAUGAAAGUAUCCGAAUUUAAAUGUAAUUCUUUGGUAAGAGAGAGAUCGAGAGUUUGCAUUGUAAGAUAGAUUAAACUAUUGUUUCUCUUGAAUAUUUUCAAUCGAACCGGUAUAAAUAUAUAUAUAUGUUUUUAAUGUAUAUUUUAAUUAUUUGUAUAGAAUCUUGUGUAUACUAGUCCCGCAUAGUCGCACCGUUACAAACAAAUUGUAAAUUAACUAGUUAAUAAUGUAUCGGUUUACAUACCUCCGUCUGAUCGGUAUCCUUUCUCACUCCUGGUUCCGUGCCAUGUCCUGUACGGUUAUUGUUUCUUUGUGUUCAUUUCAUUCAUGUGUACACGUACACGUGAUAUUUAAAGUAUUUUUCUUAUUAUUAUUUUUUAGCAUCACUAGUUACCUUAAUGUAAGUUACCCUAAAUCAAAGUUACUGUAAAGAAAGAUACAUUCUACUGCUAUGAACUUAUCAAAAUUAACUGUUAAAUAAAUUAUUCUAAAAUCAG